CGACCAGAAAAACAGCACAAGGAUUAUCACAAAAGAGCUCAUUUCUUAAACAAGAACAUUACAGAUGGAAACUUCUCCCUCCGGCUGAAAAACCUGAGAACUGAAGAUGAAGGGGUUACACAUGUAACGUUUACAGCGACCAGGAGUGUGUGUGUUCAGUCAGAAAAGAGCUGAAACUGAGAUUCUCUGUGAAACCUUCGCAUUACAUGACCGUUCCUCUUGGAUCUUCAGUGGUUUUGCCCUGUUAUCAUAAUAAACCCUCUGGAACGAGCAAUCUGAAGGUGGAGUGGAGAAGAAACGAGUCUUUAGUUCAUCUGUAUCAGGACGGAGAGAGUCGAGCAGAAGCCCAGCAGCAGGAUUAUCAGGACAGAGCUCAUUUCUUCACUGAUCAGAUUCAACAUGGAAACUUCUCUCUCCUUCUUUAUGAUCUGAGAUCUGAAGAUGAGGGACAGUACACAUGUACAGUUCACACUGGCUCUUUCUGGAGUCGCUGUUCAACUAAUAUAAACUUGGUACUGAAACUAUUGGAACCAGUCUUCCGUCUUCAGAUGUUUCUGGUCUUCUGUCCAAAUGUUCUGAUGUUUCUGGCGUUUGUUUUCUGGGGUGUUUCUGAAGGGUCUGUGAGUGAGUCGGUCUGUUGUUGCGCUCUUUAUUUUCUGAGGCCUCUCCUGCUGCUCUGGACGGCUCCGUAUAUUUUUCAUUUCACAGGCACAGUUAAAACAUUGAUUCUGAACUACAGUUAUGUGGCAGAAUAUGUUGUUGUCUUACUUGUUGUGUAUUCAGACAUCAUACGAGCAGCACAAAGGUCAUCAGGAGCAGACUGAAAACAGAACAGUCUCAGAAACACACAGACUGUCGUUAAAAAUACAGUACUCUCUCUUCACAAGUGCUUGGCAAAGCUUCUGAGCUACGCUGAGUUUGACAGAGCCGUGAUCAUCGCCCUGUUUGUGUUGGUGUUUGUGUUCUGCCUCUGCAAAGCCUUUUACAUUUUAGCGACAGAGGUCUGGAAGAAAACCGGACAGGCACUUAAGAUCUUUAAUCUCGUGGCUGAUAUGAUCUUUCAGAUUCUGCCAACUUUACAGUUCAUCCUCCUCUUCUACACGUUUGGAUCGACCAGAGGAGGAUUCAUCAUAAUUAUUAUUGUACCACUGUUAAUGCUGAUGAUGAAUGACGCAUGGCUUAAAAGAUGCUAUUAUAGACUGGGCUUUUCACUUUCAGUUGUGAAGACAGUGAUGAUCAUCUUCAUAUUGGUGACUAAUGCAGUGAUGAUCGUUCUUUACAUAUUCACUCUGGACUAUCAAACAGAUGCGAUUGGAUGGGGCUGUGUUGUGAUGUUUCUGCAGGUUCGCUGGACGCUCAUGUUCUUCACAGAUUAUAUUUAUGGUUUUCUCAGAUUGUCUCAAGGUUUUCAGCGUUAUGUUGCUGUGUAUGUGUUUGGAUCAGUUGUUGUAGUUUUACUGAACUCUGCAUUAAUAACAGAAAUGAUCCUGAAAUCAGCGUCUGGAGGCCGUGUGAUGGCUGAUCUCAGAUUCAUUGUGUUUCUGUCUGAGUGUUUAUUUGCUGUAUCUCUGAUGAUUUCUGCGUUCUUAGGAUCCAAGAUCACAGACUGUCUGAAGUCUUGUCAGGAGAAAGCGAGACCGAGACGAGUCAAAAGAUCCCAGAAGAACCAGAACUCAGAAGAAGAGAGAUUUCUCUGAAGACUGUAGAUGCAGCGCUGUCUCAAACAUGAUAAAGAAACUAUUACAGAGUGAUCCUGAACACGUUAAAGCUGCUUUCAGUCAACGGAUGGAUUGUGAGCAGCACCUAACAAACUAAAAUAUGUCCAUCAGAUCUGCACUGAUCCACUGACGUGUUUUUUGGAAAUAGCUGUAAAUAUAUAUUUUGUAUAUAUGUGUGUAAAAUCUUUUUUAAAGACUGAUUCUAGUAAUACACAUAUUAAAAUCUGUAAUGGCCGAUCUCAGA